AUGGCUUCCGGUCCGAUCAAGCUCAAGAUUGUGGUCGUUGGUGAGUCGUGCUCAUCUGAGCUUUGGUUCCCUGAGGACAAGGCGCUGGAUGAGGUCGGACUCCGUCGCGUGUAACGCAGGGAGGACGCGCCGAUCUGGUCGAGUAUCUCCCCUACUACACGCUCGACAAGGUACAUACGGCACCGCAGAAGAAGGAAAGGAUUGGUCGAUGGGUUACACCGCCAUUGAUGUUGGACACUUGCCAGCUCGAGCCUACGUUCCAGCUCCUUACGGGAAGCUUGGCGCCGCACUGUUCCCAUCAAGGCCAUGUCGAGCACAUGAAACAUGCCAAUCGAUGAUAAUCAUCCUUUCAAUGUCGGCCUCGACUGGCGAUCUUUCAGUUUUCAAUUUAUCAUGAUCAGCUUUCACCCAGCUUUGAUCUCGAAGCGACUGCGCGUAACGGAAAGAUAUUGACGUAUCCUGACACGAAUGACGAUACCUUCUCUUGCCUCCCUCUCCCUCAAACGCUCGAUCGAACAAAUUUCUAGGUGACGGUGGUGUCGGAAAGUCGUCACUCGUACUUGCUCUGCUCAAGCGAGAGUUCUCGGAAGAUUAUGAUCCGACGGUCGAGGAUUGCUACACGACACAGUUGACGGUCGACGGACAGGAGUACUCGAUUGACAUCGUCGACACGGCAGUACGUCCUUUGGACGAUUCGGCUUUCAACCAGUCAGCCUUGACGACUCGACUGAUGGGUAUCACACAAACCAUGUCACUCUCGCAUCCAGGGACAAGAAGAGUACCGAGGAGCUUGGGAAGAGGCAACAGCGAGGGAAGGAGAUGGGUUCAUCGUGGCGCAAGUCUCUGCCAAAUCGAGGAAGUCAUGACUUCAUGAGCUCACUUCUCUCUUGUCGAGGCACCCCACAGGUACUCUAUAGAUUCACAUAGCUCCUUCGAGCAACUCCCGACCUUCCUACACAUGUAAGACGACCCUCCAUCGUAUCCGACUUGGGGAUCGGUCCGCUUACCUUUUGCGACCCUUGACUCGAUAGCAUCCGACGAGUCAAGUCGCCUCAUGACGAUCCGACGAACGAAGACACCCCCGAAAACACGCCCUUUCCGUUCUUAAUUCUAGGUAAGUGGUACUUCUCAUUAAAUUCGACAGUAAACCGAAGCCUGACUGUAGCCCCUAAUGGCGAUUCUUCCCCAGGCAACAAAUGCGACAAGCCAUCGAAAGAAAGGGUCGUAUCGGCGCAGACGGCGAUGGCAUACGCACGAUCAGCAGGUGGACUUGUGAGCCCAAUGUUCAUGCUCUCGAGUAUCCCAAUUCAGCUCGACUAAUUCACAAACGUCGGAUCACUCAGUUUACCGAAUGCUCAGCCAAGAUGAGCGUCAACGUCGACUCGGCCUUUCAAUCGAUCGUGCGCUCCACGGCCCGCGCCAAACUCGCCCGCGAAGAAUGGUUACGAACGCACCGCGGCGAUGACCGCAACUUCAGUGGUAAUGUCGCGAUGAUGGAACGACCGGCCGUACGUGUCGAAGUCUCGGACGAGAAGCGACCGCCGAGGAAAAAGAACCCGAAUUUGGGGUUGGAUCGGAACGCGAGCAUGAGUUAUGGGGCCGGCUUGGCGGAAGGAAAUGACAAAAAGGGGGGUUGUGGGUGUGGGUGUGUGGUGAUGUGA